CAAUGAGUGAGAUUUUGAUAAAUCGCAUAAAAGUUGCAUGAAAAUUGAAAAAAAAAGUUAAUAAUGGAGAUAAAUAUUUUUCAAUGUUUCAUAUAGACGGGAAAAAAAUCCUGAGGGAUGUUAGUAUCCUCCUAGGUUGAAUUAGUGAAACAGAUGAGACAAUGGAUGUAGUAUCGCCCGCUCUCCCCAAUCUCCUCCCUUCCAACAAGUUUUCCCUCAAAACCGAACGCCAGAUUCAAUUGCCCCCACGAUUUCUAAAACAAUGCCCCAAAACUCCCACCGCCAAACCCAUUUCCAGCAACCCCGGUACUGGCACUACCUCCGAUAUCUUGCGCUUAAUGGAUAGCCUUUCCAUUCCCAUCCCCCCUGAUAUCUACGCCUCCCUUAUCAAAGAAUGCACCCUCUCCCGCCAUUCCGUUAGGGCUCUCCAGUUACAUAACCACAUCAGACACAGACGUAUCAAGCUUUCCUUGCCUUUGCUUAACCGCCUCCUCCUCAUGCAUGUCUCCUGCGGUCACUUGGAGAUUGCACGUCAGGUGUUCGAUCAAAUGUUUCUUAGGGAUUUCAACUCUUGGGCUAUCAUGAUUGUUGCGUGUCUCCAAGCUGGUGAUUCCGAACAGGCCAUUUCUUACUUCGUGCUUAUGGAACGUUGUAGUAGUUUGUUCAAAUUCCCCGCUUGGAUCAUUACAUGCCUUCUCAAAUCAUGCGUUUUGACAAAGAAUAUGGAGUUAGGGAAGCAGGUUCAUGGACAGUUACUCAAGUUGGGUGUCAUCGAUGAUUUGUCUUUAUCCGGCUCCUUAAUCAACUUCUAUGGAAACUUCAAGUGCCUAGAUGAUGCCAACGUUGUCUUUAAUCAAUCCUCACGGCGUAACACUGUGACAUGGACAGCGAAAAUGGUUAAUAGUUGCAGGGAAAAUCAAUUCCAUAAGGUGUUUGAUGAUUUUACUGAGAUGGGCAGACAGGGUAUUAAGAAAAACAGCUUCACCUUUUCAAGUGUUCUAAAGGCAUGUGCCGGGAUGGAUGACGAAGGGAUGUCGGGUCGACAGGUUCACGCCAUUGCUAUCAAGCUUGGGUUGGAAUGUGAAGCUUUCGUUCAAUGCGGGUUGAUCGACAUGUAUGGGAAAUGCGGAUUGGUGAGAGAUGCUGAGAAGGCAUUUAAAGUUGCGGGUGAUGAAAGAAACAUAGCUUGUUGGAACGCCAUGAUCAUGGGUUAUGUGCAUAAUAAGUUGUGUAUUCAGGCCAUUAAGCUUCUGUAUGGAAUGAAAGAAGCUGGGCUGGAGGUUCAAGAAUCACUGAUCAAUGAUGUUAGGAUCGCUUGUGGUAAUAGGGAACUUGAACAUGGCAAACAUAGUUGAAUCACCAACCACUAUAUAAUUGCGAGUUUCAUAAGAGUCAAUGGGUGGGGAUUCAUGCCAAAGGGUUUAAGGGAUGGGUUUCGAGUCUUGUGAACAAUAAGGAAAACAGGAAGCUUUUCUCCCUCUUGAAACAGAUGUGACGUCUGGAUAAUAGGGCUCUUAGACCAAAAAAAAAAAUAGCAGGGAGUGAAUAUUUUAUGUAUAUAGUAAAUCAAAAUUAAUAUUUUAUGUGUACAAUUAUGCAAUCUCAAAGUUCUCAUUUUGCAUAUUCA